AUGGAAAACCCAGCACCAACAUAUCCCGAGUAUGUGUACAUAACACACUUACUGAUCGCCCGCAUAGCACUCUUCAACAAAAGAAGAGUAAAUGAGGUCUCUGAGCUGAAAGUGAGUGACUUCCAGAAGCGAAUAAGAGGAGAUGAAUUAGACACAAACACCGAAAUCUACAAUUCCCUGGCUGUCAGUGAAAAGGCUCUGUUAAGAGGUAGUAGUUACUUUUAUCAUUUCAGAAUGGAACUUCUUGAGGUAAGAGGGAAGAGCACUCGGGGACUGAGGAAGGUGUUUGUAAUUCUAAGCACCGACAUGGUGGAAGGUUUGUCGCACCUCUUGAUGGUUCGUGCGCAGGCUGGUGUACCAUCAACAAACACGUUCCUAUUCUCCAGAUGUACAGAUUCACCACAGGAUGGCUGUGAAGCACUGAGAGUGGUCACAUCUAAGUGUCACAAUCUUGCCUUUCCAGAACGGGUCAGGACAACAAAACUGAGAAAGUAUUUGGCAACUACUACUCAGAUAAUGGAUAUGAGAGAUGAUGAGCUGAAGUUAAUUGCUGAUCACAUGGGACACUCUGUUGCCAUACAUACUGACGUGUACAGAAUGCAGACGUCAGUGCUUGAACGAACAAAAGUUGCAAGGGCUCUUCUAGCUUUAGAAGAUGGUAAACUACAGGGGUUUAAUGGUCGCGACCUUUCGUCGGUCAGCCUUGAUGAAUUGCCUGAACCUGAACCUGAACCUUACAAAGCAGGGUCAUUUGAAGAAUUGUCUGAACCAGACAACAGCUAUGAGGAUGUUCCUGAAGUU